CUUGUUUCGGACUUGUUUAUGCUUUGUUCAUGUAAUCUCAUAUAUAUAUUUCAAGAAAGUGUUUUAAAAGAGAGAAUUGUGCGAGCUCUUCAAAUAAAAAUAUGGCACAUCUUCCCUCGGAGCUCGUGUCACAUUCACAAAAAGUAUGUAGCUUGUACAAACGUGCGAUUCGUUGCAUAAGAGAUUGGAAUCAUAAAAUAGAAAAUUACAGGAUCCAGGCUAUAUUAAUGAGAGAACGUUUUGAUAAAAACAAAGAUAUAAAAGAUAUGCGUUACGCAACAUAUUUGUUACAAGAAGGAGAAAAAGAACUCUUCUCUAAUCAACAUUACCAUCCAAUGACGUAUCCCAAUUCAGCCUCAGGAGGAGCGUAUGGCCGAAAAGGCGAAACUCCAGACUGUGUGUUGGAUUAUUGGCAUCCUCUAGAGAAAGCUAGAUAUCCAAAAUAUUUUGCACGUCGUGAACAGAUGAAGAACGAAUACGAGAAAUGGUAUUUUGAAACAUAUCCAGAUCAGAAGAAGACUAUCAAAGAUCACUAGACAUCUGUAAAAUAUAUAUUUAUGCUGUAUUAAUACAAUAUAACUUGUAGAUAUAAUAAUGUAAUAUAAUGUCUAAUAUUAUGAAUAUUCUUGUUGAAUGGAAUAACAUCCCUAUUUACAGAGAAAUACCUGAAAUUUUC